AUGAACCUAGAUCGUCAUGAGCGUCGACAACAGCGCGUGCGUGGCGCUGGUCCUUCCGCUGUCCAAGCAUCUUUUGGCUUCAACUUUGGCGCCCUAGGCGCUGGGCCCGCCAAACAAGCCUCCCUACCCCCGCAACGAUCUUCACGACGAACACCAACAAUACACACACCACGCGGCGCAAACGGCUCAGCGAAGCGACAUCGAAGCGCGUCUAUCCAGCGCAGUAGCGGUGCGAAGCGCAGAAGCACGCCUAGCGAUCGCACCCGAACCCCCCAACUGGGUAAGCGAAAGCGCAGCUCCGAGCAGGCGCAGGCGGGCGCAGAGGAAGAGAUAGAUGAGCUGAGCCCAGAUCGCGACGAGAAUGUUGCCUCUAUAGAAAAGAGCAGGAAGCAUGCGCGAACCGUUUCGCCUGUUCACGAGAAAGACCAUGGGGAGCCUGACGAACUUUCGAUCCUCCAGGAGGAGCCAGAUGAGCUGUCUGUUCUCGAAGACGGUGCAAAGUCCGUGCGACGAUCCUUUGCACAUCUACCAGCAGCUACCAGCGGGACUCGUGUAUUGAGUGUUGUGAAGCAACGACCAUACCCGCCAAGUAGAGUGCAAGAAUCACCAAUAGUACAUCGAAGCGAAGCGUCACCUACCAUAUCGCAGCGUUCAUUACCCCGGAGAUCAAAAUCUACAGAAACCGUACCCGUCACCCCGGGUAUGUUUCCAAAUAGGCGGCCAAGCAGAGUAUCAGCUACGGGAUCAGAUGCCGAUCCUACUACGUUUGCAACUGCCCCGGCAGACCAAGAUAGUGAGGAUGAGCUAUCACCAUCACAUCACCAAAGUACACUGCAAGACGAGCGAUCACUGCAGCCUUCACCCCACGGGACAGAAGAGGAAGCAGAUGAACUGACAUUGCCAAUACAGGCAAGUUCUGUACAGACUGCUUCAGUUGCCACAAUAAAAAAGCGUGGGAGGCCCAAGAAAGCCACUGAAGCUCAAGGAGAAGAACUGCAGGCAACGCCAGUGGCUCGUCUGAACGGGAAGCGAAAAUCAACAAGCACUCUGACAGAAUUUGAAAAAGAAGAACUCGACGAACUUUCCCCAGAGUCGGAUAAAGCAAGGCAACGCCAAAAUGCCCCUCUCGUUGCCGUGGAAGAGGCCCCAGAGUUAUCAGAUGCAGUAGAUCCAGACGCAUACGGCGAGCCAGAGCCCCAAGAUUUACCAGCUCCCACACCUCCUGCUAGGAAGCGUCGAUCUCCCAAGCAGGCGCUGCGUGUAAAAGCAUCGAGCGAACUUCCAUCACGCAAGCGCCAGAAGUUCUUGGGGCCAAAGCACGCCAUCUCAGUCAUGCGCAUCAAAGGUUCGACCGUUCGAGGCAUUACAGUCGCAGAUACCGCACGUACGAUACUUGAAGAGAGCAUCACCCACCGUCUCGCCAGGAUGGCAGAGAAGUUACAAACCUCAAAGGACUCUGCCCAAAGGAAAGAGCUACGAAGCUGGAUCAAUCUGACCUUGUCCUUCAAGGAGAGCCUAGACGAAAAGCUACUUGACCUUCAGGACGCUAACGAUGUCCUCAGCACUGGCUUCAAGAAGAUGAAGAUUUUCAAGCGUGACAAUGCUGGACUACGGAAAGAAAUCCUUGAACUGCAGAACAGCCGGCAGGAAGUUGCCAUCGAGCAUGAUGCCAUUCAAGCAGAAUUCGAUGCGGAUAAAGAGCGAGUUGAGACAAGGAAUACUCUAAGCGCCAACAUGUACGCAAUUGAAGCAGCUGUGCGCAAUGGUCGUGAGAAGGCGCUUGCAGAAGGUAGAGAGGAUGAAGGGCCGGAGAUACCGCUCAGCAUGAUGAUUGACAAUGUCAGCCGCCAUGUUGGGUCUUUGGGAGGCGGACUUUUGGACCAUGUCAAGGGCUUCAAUGGAUUUUUGGAACGGGCCGCUGGCUGGCUGGAAAGUCGAGCUUAA